GGGUACCUCAAAACUCUCUUCAAAACCUUGAAGCCAUCAUCACAUAAUACUCUGCAAAAAUCUCCUCAAGAAAAUGUCUUCUGCUUUCUGUUCUUCCCCAAUCUGUUCCUUCAUUUCCCCAACCAAACCAAGGCUGCUGAUUGGUGGGAACCCCAAUGCUCAAGGAGUGAUCUUGAUCAACAAUUUGACCAAUCAGAAGUCAAAAUUGGCACGAUUUCAAGCUUUGGAAGUCAAGGCUACUAGUGAUACCGAAAUCACCACGAAGACGAAUAGCAUAGUUUGCGGAGAUUGUGAAGGAAAUGGUACUAAACAAUGUACACAAUGCAAAGGGAAUGGAGUGAACUCGGAAGAUCACUUCGAUGGACGAUUCAAAGCCGGUGGAUUGUGUUGGCUUUGCAGGGGUAAAAAAGAGAUUCUUUGUGGAAAUUGCAAUGGAGCUGGAUUCAGGGGUGGAUUCAUGAGUUCUUCUGAUCAAUAGAAACAAUAUGCUUAUUGUAGGCAGCAGUUUUGCUCAUUUCGAAUGCUGUUGACUUUGUCUUAUUUGACUAUAAUGAAACAACCGUAAACGGCCACCGGUCCACCACCUUCUGCCACCGUGGCUCCGGCGAAACCGUUAUCAGUUUGUUAUAGUUCUUGUGAGUCAGAACCGUAAACAAUGGUGGAUUCAUGUUGCUUACAACCACGUUAAUUAUACCAAUCGUUCAUGUGGUUUGUUCAAACUUGGUUUUCCGUUAAGUUUUGUAUGGAUAAAGUUUUCUG